CCAUUUUUGUUCUCUGCAGCUUCUUUCACUUUCAUUCUUCGGGAAAGUCUCUUGCGUCUGUGUCUUAUUCCUCCCCGGAGCGUGAGCCUGGAGCGCCGAGCAGAUCCGUAGAAGGUUCCACCGCCGUAUAGACCCAAACAUGCUGUGUCCUGCUGGUGAUAACGAUAUACGCAGAAGGCUGUUCAAGUACACGCCGGGUUCUACCCUAAAUUGUACAGAUCAUGGCUUUCAGAAACUAGGUAUCCAGCUCUUCGGGAUGACAGGGCACGGCAAGUCCUCCCUCAUCAACUCCUGCCUUUGUGUGGGGCAAGACCGGAAGUUUAUGAACGAGGCUGGAUCUGGUCACAGUCAACAGCCGAUCACCAUGGAAAGGAAAGAGUAUAAAAUAAAAGACAGCAUCUACAUCACCGAUAACCGGGGAUUAGUCAAACUAAACGACGAGGAGCGCCAGGAAACGGCAGCUCAGUUCAGUAAUGUACGGGACACAGGAGCAGUGAGUUGGGAGAGAGUGAUGGAGAGGACUUUUGAAAAGAUUCUUCACGGGCUGGACAUCUGUGAAACCGAUAUAACGCUGCCGGUAUUUGUGUACAGUGCUGAAUGCCCCCUCACCGAGGAGAGAUCUUCAGAAAUAGUGCCAUUGCUUUUAGAGACCUUCCACAUAACAGAAAUCUUUCCCAUUGUUGUUCUUACUAAAACCGCAAAGGUGAAAACCAAUGAAGUUGCCGCGAGAUUUAAGGACUUUGGAGCCAAUUACGUCAUUUCCCUUGAAAACUACACGACUACCAACGAGGGACGCAACCCAGAGAUGGACACCAAAAUCCUGAAGUUCCUGGAUGUCUGCAUGUCUGAGGCCGAUAGAAUGAUAGAAAUAAAACGGGGCAAGGACCAGAAAAUCCAAUUUAUAAAGGGGGCCAUGAAGCUGAUCGAAAAGGAGGUUAAGACAAGAGAGAAAAACCUACAGGCACAAUGGGAAAAAGAGCGCGCGGAACUAGAAAAGCGCAUAAAAGAGCUUGAGAAUAAAUGUAGCAUUAUGUAGGAGGAUCUGUUUCUUCAGAGGUUCUCAGGCUUAAAAUGUUUAACUCUCUAUUAACUCUUUUAAAAAUCACCGACCAUCUCAAGCGUGAGAGUAGAAAUAUUCCACAGUGACCUGAAAAGUAUGUUUAACCCCUUCAAGACCGGGACGUACCUGGUACUUCCGGGUCAAAGGUCACCGGCAGACCGGGACGUACCAGGUACAUCAUCGAUGAUGCACGAUCCAGCGUCGCUUUGAACGCUGGGAUCACGAGGGGCGGCUGCUACUGACCGCUGGGUGUCCCCAGCGAUCCGUAGCAUCCACUCCCCCUCAAUUCCGUGCACGUGAUCGCUUUGCAGCGAAUCACGAGCACGGAAUUUAAAUAUUUAAAAAAAAACGCCGGUCCUGAAGGCCACUUCUGCUGGGAGGCUGUUCCACUUAUCUACCACCCUCUCAGUAAAGUAAAACUUCCUUCCAUUCCACCUCAGCCUCUGACCCUCUCAUCAUUUUUCACUUAAGGAAGGGGUCGGGGUUCCCUGUCUCCUUCCUAAAAUCGUUUCUCUUUUAGAAUAAAAGUUCAUUUAGCUUUGAAGAUUUUGUCACUUAAAAUUCGAUGAAGUCGCUCGAGACAGCAAAUGAUCGCUAGAGUGGUUUUUUUUUUUUAAUGAAAAUAUAGAAAUAUAUAAAAAUACACUGUGCGUACACAAAUCGCUUUAAUAUUCCAGAUAAUAUCAUAUAAUGACUGUAUUGCUUACUGCAAAUUUGUCUCAUUAAAACUCUACGUAAUUCA